AUGCCGAAGGACGAGCCAACCUGCGGAUUCCGCGGAGAACGCUGCGAUUUCACUUUAUUUAUUGUAGGAAUAGUUCUCAUUGUUUUGCUGAUCCUCGUCGUUUGCGGCACCUACGGCAUUCACAAAAUUGUCGAAAAAAGAGCGCUCGACAAGUUGCCGUUCCGCAUUUACCGCGACGAUAUGCAGUUUAUAGACGAGGAACCAACUCAAAAGCAUGCUAGGAAGUUGCCUCGGCCAGCGGCUGGUGGUCGUAGCAAUGUCAUAACGAUGAUGUUUCAGCUCUCGCUCGGAAGCACACGCACCAAAAUGAGCAGCGCAAACUACGGGUCCAGAAAUCACGCCAUUGUCGGUACUAACACUCAUGUUAUAUAUCACAAGUAUCCACAACGCCGUCCGAUCGUUUUCACUCGCCUUGAUAAAACUCUUCUCGCUAAUAUGAAACAAGCUGUACACGACAACAUCAAUCCUUUUCUUGGUGUUGCAUUCAAUGAAAAAGAAGAAGUGCUCGUGGUUUGGAAAUUCUGCUCAAGAGGAAGCCUGCAGGAUAUUAUAUACAACGACAACAUAGCGUUGGAUCAGAAGUUUCACGGCGCAUUCAUUCGCGACAUACUCGCAGGACUGGAGUACCUUCACUCGUCGAGUAUCGGGUAUCACGGAGCUCUCUCAACGUGGUCUUGUCUAAUAGACAGAAACUGGAUGAUCAAACUUACAGAUUACGGGAUAUCGGAUGCUCUAGAACGCUGGGAGAAACAACAAGCGAUUUCUGUGACAGAACUCGAAAACAGCGAGGACAAAUCUCAAGCGAAGCAAGCAAUAAGUACGUUUAAUGAAAGACCCUAA